AUGCACAACGAGGUUCGAAAGCAACAUGAUUUGAAGAACGGAGAUGUAAAUGCCGCACUGUAUUUUUUCGAACCUGCUGCCAGAAACGAUGAGAAACUGUUUUGGAGGUAUGAGGUAGCGGCGGGUUCUCGUAUGUGUGACAUUAUACGGAGUGAUGGUCGAAGCCAGGAAGAUUAUGAGGCAUUUAGUGAUGUCCUCGCCUUUGAUGCGACCUAUGGGAGGAACAAGUAUAACAUUCCUGUCAUUGUUUUGUUUGGAGUUAAUCACCAUAAUCAGACAUGCGUGUUUGUAGCAGCAAUGGUUUCAUGUGAGUCACAGGACUCGUACAAAUGGGUGCGGAGACAGUUUCUAGAAUGCAUGCGGGGAAAGGCCCCGAAGGCAGUUAUAACUUAUGGGAAUCCUUCUAUGAGGCUAGCUAUUAUGCAUGUUUUUCCAGAUGCUCAUCACAGACUUUGCGCGUGGCACCUACUAAGGAAUGCCACUGCUCAUGUCUCACAACCACGUUUCACCCAAUUAUUCAAACAGUGCAUGCUUGCUGACAUAGAGGUUGAUGAAUUUGAAAUGCAAUGGGAGGUGAUGGUUGACGAGUGUGGUGUUUGA